AGUUGCACUGACAAAAUUGUCCUGCAACUACAAACGAAACUCCCGACACCAUGAGCUACUACAGCGGCUACUACGGAGGCCUGGGCAUUGGCUAUGGCAGCUUCGGAGGCCUGGGCUGUGGGUGUAACAGCUUCCGGAGACUGGGCUGUGGCUCUGGCUAUGGAGGUUAUGGAUAUGGUUCUGGCUAUGGAGGUUAUGGAUGUGGCUCUGGCUAUGGAGGUUAUGGAUAUGGCUCUGGCUACGGAGGCUACGGAAGCUACGGAUACGGCUGCUUCCGCCCUUCAUGCUGUGGAGGGUAUGGGUUCUCUAGCUUCUACUGAAUAAAUAUUUGAAU